AAGCGAAAGAAAGAAGAAAGAAAAUAGCAGAGGAAAGCAGAAGCAAAGGGAUAGAAAGGGGGAAUGAAGGGAAGUGUUUGUUUCCUGUGCGCUCCUCUCCCAUUUCUUCCAAACCAACCUUCCUUCUCGUCGUCUUCUUCUUCUUCUUCUUCUUCUUCUUCUUCUUCCAAUUCCAUUUCUAAACGUAUCCCCAUUCAUGCUCAAACUCACACUCACCACCAAGAGAUUCGGGUUUGCACCAAUCGCACUUGCCGCCGUCAAGGUUCCUUUCACGCCCUCGAAAUUCUCAACGCCCUCGCACCUCCCACCAUUACCGUCAAUUCCUCUGGUUGUUUAGGAAGGUGUGGCGCUGGCCCUAACGUUGCUGUUUUGCCUGAUGGAUUCGUCGUUGGCCACUGUGGCACGCCUGCUCGAGCUGCCGAGGUCAUCAUCCAAUUAUCUGGUGGAGACUCAGAUUCUGUUGGUGUCUCCAAGAGUUUGGAGGCUCUUGCUCUGAGGAAGAGAGCCCAAUGUGAGUUGGAGGACCGGAAUUUCUCCCAGGCCGACCUACUUCUUUCGCAGGCGAUAGAUUUAAAACCAUGCGGAGGUAUCCAUAUAAUAUUCAAGGACAGGUCCAUCGUAAGACUGGCGCUGGGGAAUCAUUCUGGCGCCCUUGAAGAUGCAAAUGAAGCUCUAAGAAUAGCUCCUCAUUAUCUCGAGGCUUACAUUUGCCAAGGUGACGCAUUAUUAGCUAUGAACCAUUUUGACUCAGCUGAGACGUCAUAUUCAACAGCAUUAGAAAUUGAUCCUUCAAUUCGCCGUUCAAAGUCAUUCAAGGCGCGAGUUGCUAAACUUCAGGAGAAGCUCAGUGCUGUGAGAACACAAUAAAAUCUGAGAUGUGGAGCCAGGAAGAAGAAUAAUUGAUGAAAACAGUUCGAGAUUCUGUCAGGUUGUUUCCAGGUUUCAAAUUUCUGACUCAGUUGUCUUUGAAAUCUUUCAUUAGAUUUAAAUACAUGAAAUUUGAUGUAAUUUUGGAGUUUCAUGGAAAUCUGAAUGGGAAUUUGAAUAAUUCUACAUGAGAAUGUAGAAUAAUCUGGGGAUUAAUAAUUUUAAGAAUCUUCCGAAUCUUCUGGCAUGAGAUAAUUCCUAAACAUUUUUAUGUUGGAGGAAAAA